UAGUGUACUAAUUGCUCGCUAUAAGCUAGGUUAUUGCGCCCCUAAACCAACAUACUGACAACGCUACCUCCCCGGAACUCAAACUUUAACGUUGUUCGCGUUAAAAGUUAGAAGAUGGAGCAGAUGGGACUCAACCCAAACCAGCUGAUGGUUUUGCAGAACCCCGGGAUGAUGGGAGGCCAGAUGGGUGGAAUGCCCAUGCUCAUAACCCCGAUGGUUGUCACACCUGAGCAGAUGGAGCAGAUGAAGAAGAGCCAAGCUGGUGCUAUGAAGACCUCAAGUAGCAAAGAUUCCCACCAUGAUUUGAAGACGCGGGACCGAAGUCACGGAAGUGUUGAGAGGCGUCAUCAUUCCAGUAGUCACAGGUUUGAUUCAAAGCGGGACUCACGAGAUUAUCACAAGCUACGAGACGACAGACAUGACUCGCGGAGCAGCAGACAUGGCAGUAGUCACAGGUCGCCAUCUGGAAGUCAUCACAGCAGUAGUCGCCAUGAGAGAAGUCGCGACUACAGAUCACGUGACUACAGUGACAGGUCAUAUGACCAGCGCACAAGAUCAAGCAGCAGUCAUCAUGAAACACGCCCUCUUUAUUCAGAUAGAGAAUCUAGUUACAGAGGAAGAAGCUCUUACAGGCCAAGGGGUACUUACAGAGGUAGGCGUGGCUACGAUAAUCACUACAGCUCGACCAGCAGAUAUUCCCGAGAUGAGGCAACAUCAUCACGGUCAAGUGACUACAUGAGGAGCCAACCCAAACCUCGUGACACAACACCUCCGUCGUCAGCAUCGUACCAUUCUACAUAUGAACCACGAGGCAGUGGGCGUGGCCGCGGGGCUGUUCGUGGUCGAGGACGAGGUUAUUUUGCCGGGAGCACACCGGAGAAUCGGAGGCCUGCAGUGGUGACGAGGUCGCUGGCGACGAGCAUUGUUCGCAAAUAUACGACGACUCCAAGGUUGUUCGCUCAUCGAGAGCCUGAUGAUGAUGAUGAUGAGGGAGAUGAUGACCUAACCACCCGUGGGCGAUUCACAUCAACAAGAGGCUUCUACCGAGGAAUGACGUCAUAUCGUGGGCGAGGGACGGGCUUCCCAAGGGCAGGUUACAACAACUGUACUCUCUGUAAGAUCCAGUUCUACGGCACGCGGGCAGCACAUUCUAUGAGUGUUGAACAUCAGCGCAAUGUUCGUGCGAGAAAGCAUGCGUUUGCAGUUGCUCUUGAGCGUCGUCGCCAGUCUGAUGAUGAUGGGAGCCCUGGGCCGGACAUGGAGGACCUGGUCAUCCUCGAUUCAGUGGGAGAAUCAGAUGAAGAGAUGAAGGAGGAACCUAAGCCCGAGAAAGGCUCUGACUCAGAGGAGCAGAAGUUACUCCAUCAUCAUCAUCAUCAUCAUCAUCAUGCUAGCCGUAAGAGGAGGAGACUGAUUGAUGCGCUCUCCGGCUCGGCAUCCCAGAAUGAGUCAGCGCCACCUGCCAAGCCACUGCAUACUAUCGAGAUAGUUCCUCCGGACCCGAGUGUUGACCAAUACGGAGCCUGCUACAUCAUCCCCGUCUCAGGCUUCUUCUGUAAACUAUGCUGCAAGUUUUAUCACAACGAGGCUGCGGCUAAACGUGUUCACAUCAAAUCUUCUACUCACCUCGAAAAACUCAAGACAGCACGGUCGACAUAUGAGAAGAAACUAGCCGCAGAGAAAGAGGCCGAGAAGGUUGCAGCAGAGACGACGGCUGGUGAACCAGAGGAGCAGACACCACCCGACAGCAGUCCACCAGCUGUCACCAGUUCAACCACCGUUCCUAAACCUGACACGCCCACCCCAAAGAUGACAGUGCUGCAGAAGAUGACAACUAAAACGGCCAAAGCUGUCGUAACAGCCAAGAUGGCGGCAGCAACGUCACAGGUACAGAAUCGUGGCACAGUGCUGAAGAAGACAGCUACCACGCGGGUGACGAAGAUCCCGGCAGUCUUGUCCAAACGGAUGACUGCAAAGAGGAAAGCUGCCAGAUCAGCUGCUAAUGCUCAAGAGGUGACACCCAGUGGUGCAGAGGUGACGUCGGCUGAGGCUGUCGAAGAGCUGUCGACACCUGCAGCAUCUAACGAUGAGGCGGCAGCUGAAGUGGACAGCACGGAGAGCCCGACACAACGUGAGGAGGAUAUGGAGGAGGUGGUGGUGGCCGUUGCCAGUGACGAUGCAAUGGCUGACACCACUGAACCAAACCAAGAUGCAACUCUGACGGGAACAGAUGCUGUGCAAGGUGCAGAUCAGUCAGUCACUGGAUCGGUCACUGAGUAACUUUGAUAAAUGACUUUCAUCCGAUGCAUGGCAGACAGAGGCCCUUACUGUUUACCUGGAAAUGUUCAAUUGGGGGUAAACAUUUACUGCCAAGUUCUAAUGGAUUUGACUUCUUUUAAGUUGUCUCCCAAAUCGUGACUUUUACCUGAUCCCUGGUAGAUGUACACCUAGAUAGAAGAGAUCAGUUUGGAUGAAGAUCAAUCAAUGAAUAUCAUCUCUGAUCAUAGUUGCCAUUAUAUCUCAGUUUGGUCAUUUGUGUUGUUUACUGUUGCUAUGGAGACUGGGUACUCACUGCUCAUUGUGAUGGUUGUAAACUUGGCAAGUUGACUUCAAUGUUCAAUGUUCAGCUGUAGAAUAGUAGUGGAAUAAAAUGUAAUCAUUCGAUGGAUUA